AGGUUAUAAAUCGCCCCCGCCCUCGGCUCCUCUUAAUCGAGGUCCGCUGGAGGCUCGGAGCGCGCCGGGCAGACAGUCCUCGCGGCUCCUCCCCGGCGGCGGCGGCGGCGGCGGCUCGGAGCGGGCUCCGGGACUGGGGCACGGCAGCCAGAGGACUCCAGGCUGUGAGGAUUACCCGGGGAAGUGGUUGUCUCCCUGGCUGGAGCCGCGGAGAGGGGCGCUCGGGGCAUAAGGCCGGAGCGUGGAGCCGGUGGCGGAACGCGAGAAGACAGGCUCGGGCGGCUGGGUCGUUGGCCCGCGAGGAGCGCGGGCACCGGGUGAGCAGGCCGCGUCGUGCUCACCAUGAUCAGGGGCUGGGACGCCGGGGUCCUGCUGUGCGCGCUGCUCGGCGGUCUGCUUCUCACAGGAUCUAGUUCAGGUUCAAAAUUAAAAGGUCCUGAACUGAGUUUAAAAGGCACGCAGCACGUCAUGCAAGCAGGCCAGACGCUGUAUCUGAAAUGCAGGGGGGAAGCAGCCCAUUCCUGGUCUUUGCCUGAAACGGUGACUAAGGAAAGCAAAAGGCUGAGCAUAAGUAAGUCUGCCUGUGGAAGGAACGGCAAACAGUUCUGCAGCACUUUGACCUUGACGACGGCUCAGGCAAAUCACACUGGCUUCUACAGCUGCAAAUAUCUGUCUAUGCCUGCUUCAAAGAAGAAGAAAACAGAGUCUAGAAUCUAUAUAUUUAUUAAUGAUACAGGUAGACCUUUCUUAGAGAUGCACAGUGAAAUACCUGAAAUUAUAUAUAUGACUGAAGGAAGGGAGAUCGUCAUUCCCUGCCGGGUCACAUCACCUAACAUCACUGUUACUUUAAAAAAGUUUCCACUUGAUACUCUGAUCCCUGAUGGAAAAAGAAUAAUCUGGGACAGUAGGAAGGGUUUUAUAAUAUCAAAUGCAACAUACAAAGAAAUAGGGCUUCUGACCUGUGAAACAACAGUCAACGGACAUUUGUUCAAGACAAACUAUCUCACAUAUCGAGAAACCAAUACAAUCACAGAUGUCCAAAUCCGCACACCAAGCCCCGUCAAGUUACUCAGAGGCCAUACUCUCACCCUCAACUGCACUGCUACCACGCCCUUAAACACGAGAGUUCAAAUGACCUGGAGUUACCCUGGUGAAACAAAUAAGAGAGCCUCUAUAAGGCAACGAAUUGACCAACGCAAUUCCCAUAACAACGUAUUCUACAGUGUUCUAAUUAUUGACAAAGUGCAGAACAAAGACAAAGGACUUUAUACUUGUCAUGUAAAGAGUGGCCCAUCAUUCAAAUCUGUUAACACCUCAGUGCAUAUAUAUGAUAAAGCAUUCAUCACUGUGAAACACCGAAAACAGCAGGUGCUGGAAACUGUAGCUGGCAAGCGGUCUUACCGGCUAUCUAUGAAAGUGAAGGCAUUUCCCUCACCAGAAGUUGUAUGGUUAAAAGAUGGGUUACUUGCGACUGAGAAAUCUGCUCGCUAUUUGGUUCAUGGCUAUUCAUUAAUUAUCAAAGACGUAACUGCAGAAGACGCAGGGGAUUAUACAAUCUUGCUGGGCAUAAAGCAGUCAAAUAUGUUUAAAAACCUCACCGCAACUCUAAUUGUAAAUGUGAAACCCCAGAUUUACGAAAAGGCUGUGUCAUCGCUUCCAGACCCAACUCUCUACCCACUGGGCAGCAGACAAAUCCUGACCUGUACCAUUUAUGGUAUCCCUCAACCUGCAGUCAAGUGGUUCUGGCAUCCCUGUAACCACAAUCAUUCCAAAGCAAGGUAUGACUUUUGCUCCAAAAAUGAAGAGUCCUUUAUCCUGGAUCCUGACAGCAACAUAGGAAACAGAAUUGAGAGCAUCACUCAGCGCACAGCAAUAAUAGAAGGAAAGAAUAAGACGGCUAGCACCCUGGUUGUGGCUGACUCUAGGAUUUCUGGAAUCUACAGUUGCAUGGCUUCCAAUAAAGUAGGGACUGUGGAAAGAAACAUGAACUUUUAUGUCACAGAUGUGCCCAAUGGAUUUCAUGUUAACUUGGAAAAAAUGCCUACGGAAGGAGAGGACCUGAAACUGUCUUGCACGGUUAACAAGUUCUUAUACAGAGACAUUACUUGGAUUUUGCUGCGGACAGUUAAUAACCGAACAAUGCACCACAGUAUUAGCAAGCAAAAAAUGGCCAUCACCAAAGAGUACUCCAUUACUCUUCAUCUAAUCAUCAAGAAUGUUUCCCUGGAAGAUUCAGGCACCUAUGCCUGCAGAGCCAGGAACAUAUAUACAGGGGAAGAAAUCCUUCAGAAGAAAGAAGUUACAAUUAGAGAUCAGGAAGCACCUUACCUCCUGCGAAACCUCAGUGAUCACACAGUGCCUAUCAGCAGCUCUACCACUUUAGACUGUCACGCUAACGGCGUCCCAGAGCCUCAGAUAACCUGGUUUAAAAACAACCACAAAAUACAACAAGAACCUGGAAUUAUUUUAGGACCAGGAAGCAGCACGCUGUUUAUUGAAAGAGUCACAGAAGAGGAUGAAGGCAUCUAUCACUGCAAAGCCACCAACCAGAAGGGGUCUGUGGAAAGUUCAGCAUACCUCACUGUUCAAGGAACCUCGGACAAGUCUAAUCUGGAGCUAAUCACUCUGACGUGUACGUGUGUGGCUGCAACCCUCUUCUGGCUCCUAUUAACUCUCUUUAUCCGAAAACUAAAAAGGUCUUCUUCUGAAAUAAAGACUGACUACCUAUCAAUUAUAAUGGACCCAGAUGAAGUUCCCCUGGAUGAGCAGUGUGAGCGGCUCCCUUAUGAUGCCAGCAAGUGGGAGUUUGCCCGGGAGAGACUUAAACUGGGCAAAUCACUUGGAAGAGGGGCCUUUGGAAAAGUGGUUCAAGCAUCUGCAUUUGGCAUUAAGAAAUCACCCACAUGCCGGACCGUGGCUGUAAAAAUGCUGAAAGAGGGGGCUACGGCCAGUGAAUACAAAGCUCUGAUGACUGAGCUCAAGAUCUUGACUCACAUUGGCCAUCACCUGAACGUAGUCAACCUGCUGGGAGCCUGCACCAAGCAAGGAGGGCCUCUGAUGGUGAUUGUUGAAUAUUGCAAAUAUGGAAAUCUAUCCAACUACCUCAAGAGCAAACGAGACUCAUUCUUUCUCAACAAGGAUGCAGCAUUACACAUGGAGCUGAAGAAAGAAAACAUGGAGCCAGACCUGGAACAAGGCAAGAAACAAAGACUAGAUAGUGUCACCAGCAGUGAGAGCUUUGCAAGCUCCGGGUUUCAGGAAGAUAAAAGUCUGAGUGAUGUUGAGGAAGAGGAGGACUCUGACGAUUUCUGCAAGCAGCCCAUCACUAUGGAGGAUCUGAUUUCUUACAGUUUUCAAGUGGCCAGAGGCAUGGAGUUUCUGUCUUCCAGAAAGUGCAUUCAUCGGGACCUGGCAGCGCGAAAUAUUCUUUUAUCUGAGAACAAUGUGGUGAAGAUUUGCGAUUUUGGCCUUGCCCGGGAUAUUUAUAAGAACCCCGAUUAUGUGAGAAAAGGAGAUACUCGACUUCCUCUGAAAUGGAUGGCUCCUGAAUCUAUCUUUGACAAAAUCUACAGCACCAAGAGUGAUGUGUGGUCUUAUGGAGUUCUGCUAUGGGAAAUCUUCUCCUUAGGUGGGUCUCCAUACCCAGGAGUACAAAUGGAUGAGGACUUCUGCAGUCGCCUGAAGGAAGGCAUGAGGAUGAGGGCUCCCGAAUACGCAACUCCUGAAAUCUAUCAGAUCAUGUUGGACUGCUGGCACAAAGACCCAAAAGAAAGGCCAAGAUUUGCAGAACUUGUGGAAAAACUAGGCGAUUUGCUUCAAGCAAAUGUACAACAGGAUGGUAAAGAUUAUAUCCCACUAAAUGCCAUACUGACAAGAAAUAGUGGGUUUACAUACUCAACUCCUGCCUUCUCUGAGGACUUCUUCAAGGAAGAUAUUUCUGCUCCGAAGUUUAAUUCAGCAAGUUCUGAUAAUGUCAGAUACGUAAAUGCUUUCAAUUUCAUGAGCUUGGAAAGAAUCAAAACCUUUGAAGAACUUUCACCAGAUGCCCCUUCCAUGCUUGAUGAUUACCAGGUGGACAGUAGCACUCUGCUGGCCUCCCCGCUGCUGAAGCGCUUCACCUGGACCGAGAGCAAACCCAAGGCCUCACUAAAGAUUGACCUGAGAGUAACCAGUAAAAGCAAGGAGUCGGGGCUUUCUGACCUCGCCAGGCCUACCUUCUGCCAUUCCAGCUGUGGGCACCUCAACAGCAAGCGCAGAUUCACCUACGACAACUCGGAGCUGGAGAAGAUCUCGUGCUGCUCUCCUCCCCCAGACUACAACUCGGUGGUCUUGUAUUCCACUCCACCUGUCUAAAGCUUGACAUACUGCCAUGUUUCUAGAACCACAUGUAUUUAUACCCCCAGAAAACUAGCUUUUGCCAGUAUUAUGCAUAUAUAAAUCUACACCCUUACCUUUCCACAGGAGCCAGCUGCUUUUUUGAUUUUUAAUAGUGCUGUUUUUUUCUUUUGACUAACAAGAAUGUAACCCCAGAUAAGCAUAGCAAUAGAGACAAGUGAAGAACACCACCGCUUAACCCUCACGAUGCUCAGUGUGCUAGAAACCCUUUCCAAGCCCGCUGACUGACCGCCUCCACCCCCGAGGCCUCAGGGCAGCGGGACUGGAUGAUUCAGGAGAUACACUGACCAUGCCAUGCAGCCUGCACUCCACUGGGCCGGGAGGCAGCAAGCCCUCUGCUGACCUAAGCAAUGUCUCCCGGGUCCUCUAGCAGACAUGACAUGUAAGGAGGAGAAGGAAAGAAGGGAGGAAGGAAGAGAAGAGAGAACAAACAGGACAAGGCAUGAGAAGGAAGAAUUUGAGCUGUUCCAUCCGGGAAGGGCAUAGGAGAGGACUCCCACCACUGCCGCUUCAGGGGCUCCUGAAACCCGGACCUAACUGCUUCCGCGUUGGAGAACCCAGCCACAGAGCAGACAGGACAGGGGGAUGAGGGGACAUUUUCUGGAUUCUGGCAGGCAAGAAAAGGACAUAUUUUUUAGAACUACAAAGCAAAUUUUAAAACUUUAGCUAUGGGACUGGUUCUAUGUGCGUUCCCAUACAUGACUCAUUUUUUAUUUCUAGCACUGAGAGUGGUGCUCAGGUCUAAGCCCACACUGCUGGCCCCUCCAGCAAGAUGCACUGAAAACCCACCCUGAGCGCAGCUGGCUCCAGGGCUUGAUGGCCUUACACGUAGCAUACCGCCCAUAGUAAGCUAACUGGAAUGAGUGUGGCCUGUUAGGGUUAUCUGCUGGGCUUUAAGCCACAUUCUCAAAAAUAAUGUCAGAUUCUAUUUUGAGUAUUCAUGUAUAGUCAAGACACUUUAACUCAUUUUUUUGUAUUAACCUGUUUUGUGCAGUUAGUUAUAAAAGGAAGCUGAGGAGAAUGAAAAUGCUGUCUUGUGGAGGGUUUUCUCUAUAACAGAACUAGGAUAGAUGGAAUUAAAAAAAGAUAUGGCAGGGUGAAAACCCCAUCUCUAUACCAACCAGCCAACUCACUGACAUAGUUGGGCCCUGAAGGAUAGGAAGUCAAUCAUGUUUCCUUUUUAUUUAAUGGGGAUUCCGCUAUCUCAUGAUGGUCUCCUGGAAAGAUGUGGAAGAGCAUUAACCAAUGUCUAUUAAGCACUUUAUGCUCCUUGAGAAAAAAAGUGAUAUGUAACUUAUGCAAGAUAUUUCUAGAAUUGGGACUCAGGAUAUUAGUUAAUGAGCCAUCAAUAGGAGAAAAGCCUCUUUUCAUCUGCUCUGGACCUUGCCUUGGGUCGGAGGAUGAUGAAAUAGGGAGACAGGGUACAAAAGGGUGCCUACUCUUCAGGGUCUAAAGACCCUCUAUCUCUCAACUGGCUCUGUUUGAUUUAGGAUGUAUGCACCUUCUGAAGCCAGUCAAAGCUGGACAGGCAACAGUGAAUUGCUGCUUCUGGUAGAGAAGAGUGUGCUUCCCUUUAUGCAAGUAACUUAACUCUAGAACCUGAAAUGUAACGGAGGGAUCUUUGCUUCCUUCCCUGUGUCACAUUCUUGUUUCAAGAUUCUUUGUAUGAAGAGAUGGGAGAGUCGGCACAUCCCAAGUGACAGUUGGUGCUCCAGUGGUGGCUCUGCUCAAGGAGCCUUGGGCCAGCAGAGGAGUGAGACAGGCCUCUCACCACGAGCCAGGUCCCAAACAAAACCAGGCCAGGGCCCAAAGAGUGGACAAGCUUUGUUCUUCUUCUUUAAAAGCACCUGUGACAACUGGCAAUAAUAAAAAUCAAGUAACCAAAAGGAGCUUAAACAUAGGGAAAGUGCGAGAAGACCUCAAUAAAUUCUCUCAUGUUUUCAAAUCAGAUAAGGACCCAGUGAUUAGUGGAAACAAAAACCUUAGCUAUACGUAUCAUGUCUUGAAUUCAAUAAUCUAACUCUUAAUCAUUAAGAGACCUUAGCAAUACCAUCUUUCCAAAAGAAAUCUAUUAGAACUAUGUUAAUUCAGCUUCUUCAGACUCAGGUUUGUAGUCUACAUGAGCCCAUCAGUCAAAAAAUGGUUCCAUCUGGAGUCUUAACAUGAAAAGAAAAAUGGAAGCUUGCAGUAAUAAGUGUAUUUAGUUGAAAAGUCCUUGCCACAGACUUGUUCAUUAAAACAGUACUGAAAAUUAAAACACUAACUGAUGGUAUUAUUAGAACCAUUUGUCAUUUGUGACAAAAAUGGUUGGCACCAACAGUUGAAGAACCAAGCACUUCCUUUUGGGAUGUGUGAGAUGACAGCAGGGGUAGGAUGGGACUGAAACUAUAUGCAAGUCUCUAGUUAGUCUAAGAAAUGAUCUUCAUACCUUAGUUUUAGCCCAUGGAACAAAUUUCUCUAAAUCCUGAAAAACGUUCCUUAGGUCUUCCAGCUACGCCUUGUUUCCCAGCUCAUAAGACUGUCAAACGUGAAACAGAUACUUGCCAGCCCCUUUUAAUUGAUUAAAGGAGGAGCGCACCUUUGACUGACAGUGGUAGUCACUAUAUGUAUAUAUAUGUGUGUGUGUGUGUGUGUUGUGCAUAACUAUUUAAGGAAACUGGAAUUUUAAGUUACUUUUAUACAAACCAAGAAUAUAUGCUGCAGAUAUAAGUAAGAUAUAAUUUGGUCCUACAUCUCUAGUCACUAUGAAUGUAUUUUGUAUGCUAUCUUCAUAUAAUAAAAUUAACUUCCAAAAACA